UGAAAGGACAUUCGAAGAAAGUUAAAAGACCGAGAUCAAGUCGUCUACGUUUGAGGUUUCGUAUCUCACACCGAGUAGCGAAUUACUGGAAUUCUCCACCAGAACACCUGUUUAUAUAUUCAAAACGAGAUUGGACAUCCACGGUGUUACAAACUGCAAGAAUUAAUAUAGGUCGAUAGACAUCUUAUUCUUAUUACUGAAGACUGUGGACUGAAGACGAAAUGAACUUGAUAAACCUGCUAUUUUAUCCCGCGCCACUUGACUUGUUGCGUUUCUUAUCAUUAUCCAUUUCACAAUAAGUGUAAAAUGAAACUCGUGUGAAUAUUAACUAAAUGUGCUCCGAAUUUCUGAAGUUAUAAAAGCCGUUUGGGAAGUAAAUUAUCCCAGACUUGAAACCAAUUUCACGAGACUAUUUCAACAUACCCACUUAUCGUGGUUACUGAUUCAUGGGCCGAAAGGGUGUUCGUAAUGCUCGCUAUAAAGUUAAAAAUCGUACAAGGGAUAUCGACCAGAUAUCUAGUGACCUCAAAGAGGAAAAUUUUGCUAAACGAGUUAUUGAAGCUACAGAACCAGACGAAGAUAAGCCUGGUCUUGGUCAAUUCUUUUGUAUCUUUUGUGACAAGUAUUUUAUUGAUCAGAUCACUCUUGAUCUUCACAAAAAGCAGAAGCCUCAUAAAAGAAGGUUAAAGUCUCUGGAUGAACCUCCACAUACACAAGUGAGUUCAGUAAUUUGUCUAAUUAUAUGCAACAGCUUUAUUUUCUGCUUUUCACCCCAUUAUUUGUAUAUAUUUUUUAUUAGUAGUUAACUAGCAAUGUGAACAAUAUCUCAAAAGGAGCACAUUUCAUGUGAAAUUAAUUCUUUAAUAGCAAUUAAUGCACCAUAUUUCAGUGAUGAACAAAUGUUAUUCCCUAAUAUAAACUGAUGGUUAAUUAAGAAUCUUCCUGUAUUGUGCAUUUUAUACAUAAACCUGACCAUUCUUGUCACAUCACUCAAGGAAGAUGCAGACCUUGCUGCUGGAAUUCUAAAGGAUGAUUAUAAAAUAUCUUCUAAAAAGCUAUGUAUAUCACCUGAUUUGUGUCAACAGAGCGUUCAAUUAAUACCACCUGUUUCAUAUACUUAUGUGGAAUAAAAAUUCACAUUUUCCAGUCAUGAUUCCCAUACUGUACAGUAUCUUGAUUUUACUGUAAUUUUUCUUGCACAGUGGUUAAAUUUUGAAAUUUCAUUUGAAAUACAGAAAUGGAAGUUCGAGAUUUAGUAUUGUGAUAAGCGAUGCUAUGUAGAUAACUUUUUGACUUGUCUUGACCAAUUGUAGCUUCCGUUUAUGCGGUAAAAGUUAUGAGUGGUCAUUAUAUAUAAAAUGUGAAAGGAAUUUGCUACGUAAUCUGAGUCGAAUAUUUAUGCCUCGAAGUAGAUCAAGGUGGAGGUCAGCUUUCCCUCUUCACUUUGCUGAAUUCUUUAUGCAUCAAAUAAAAGAAAUAUGUUAUACGUACCAUCGAGAUACUAACAUUUUCAGAUAUGUAUGCUAUAAGUGGUUACAGUUGCCAAACAGUUUGAAUAAAUCCCUUACUAGUUAACCAUGAAAUAGAAUUUAUAUGGUGUUUAUUUGCGUUACGUUCAGAAUAAAAUAAUUCGUAACAAUUGAUUAUCAAUAAAAGUCAAAGGUUGUUGAAUUCACCCAGAUAUUCUCAUGUUAACUAAGUAUGUAUCGGUAAUUCAAGACAUCACUAAAGUUCAACUGCUUCAUUAUGUUCCUGUAAUCGAUCAUGACAUUGCAUUAGAACGAUUAUACUACUUACAAGUAGUUCAACAAUAUUUGCCAAUAAUAUUGGUCAAUAUUGUGUAUGGCAAGAAAUAAUAUUUAAUCACUUGCCCAGUUAAGCAUGAUUAUUGAUACACAGUUAAAAAGAGAGCUGUUUAAAUUGUUGCUGAUAAAAGAACAUACAAGGAGUAAUUUUUUUACCCACUCUAACCUCAUCAACGAAAUAGAUGCUGUGUUUAAACGGCAAAGUUCAAACUUGUCAUUAAACUACUUACACCUAUUUUUAUUCACACGAUCAUAGUGAGAGAAAUCUAAAACGAACACAUACUAGCCAACCAAACUAUAAAUAUACUAACUUUUCUUAUUGUGCUUCUUUCCCCCAUUUACCAUUGUUAUUUGAAAUAUAAUUCGUUCCUGUUCAA